AUGGCCGUUCGGUCGGGCCAAGACAGGGCAAAGGACGGCAUGAAACUGCCGGGCAAACGACCCUUCAGGAACGGACAGAACUUGUUCCCACCACCAAAGGCUGUACCAAACUACACGUCGAGGAACUUACCUCCGUUGCCACCGAAAUCAAAUUCCGCGUCGUCAUCCAUAUAUGACUCGGAUGAGGGAUCUUGUCGGCCGAUGCCCGGCCGAUUUCAUGGGGGACACGAAUCGCCGGCUUCAAAUCGCAGCCAAAGCCGUGCAGGUAACAGCACAUCGGGUGGUUUCGAGGGCGCCAUCAACGAGGAUGGCAUGGCCUUGGUCCGUCCGCCAAGUAUGAGCAUCGUGACAGAUAUCAAGCAGACAAAUCACUUUCUUAAUGGUGGAUAUCGGGAUGUCAUACACUCGCCGAGACCCAGGUAUCCGGACCACAAAAUCGUCAAGAAUAUAGAGUUGUAUGACGAACUUGGUGUUAGUCCUAUCAUAUCACCGCCAACUGGAACGUUUUCUCAUCAGACAUAUGAGGUCUCGCCGCUCACACCUGAGGAUGUGACGGCGAGAGGCUUUGAGCAGACAGUGUCGGAGCCCGAGCUUGAGGGUUCUUAUUUAUGGGGGCCCAACGCUUCAAGACGGCAGUCUCGUUGGGAAGAUGUCCCGCCAGCGGCUUCUCACUCUUCGUUGGGGUUCCAUGGGUUGCCUGGUGAAGAGGCUAGUGGAAAGCUAAAGCAGCAGUCUCAAUUCCGGUAUAGCGACCCAGGCAGCCCAAGCAAGACUUCUACUGCAAGCGCAAUGUCCAUCGGGUUGCUGGCACCUAAGCCGUACCUCAAGGGAAAGAUAAACAAGAUCAGUAGUUCGAGGCCACAGAGCGAAGCAGUGAGGGUGACAAGGAGGAAGCCAACUCCUGGCGCGAGCGAAGAUACCAUCACAUCGCCGUACAGUAUGUGGACUCGAGGAUAUGGUCAUGACAAGCCCUCACCCGCGCCAAGCAGUUCGUCCAAGGUCUCAUUCGCCAUCAACGAAAAAUCCAGUCUCUCUGGUAAGCCGCAAGUAAGCAGUAAGGCGAAACCAGCCCCACUGUACCUUGACGACAGCAAGACGGCUGAGGAACACGUCAAGACGCCGUACCCCGAUCUUGUUCCGCCCAAGAGCGCGUGGGACUACGAUGAUGAGGAAAGUGAGAAGUCGAAGAGAUCAAGCUGGGGAAGGAGUUCAACAAAGAGCGGCAAGACGGAGGGGUCUAACAAAUCUCGGGGCGUUGGCAAGCUUGUGUCGAGGGUUAAGCAUGCUGGUGGUGACGUGAUAUCGAAGUUGUCGUUUACUUCCGAGGAGUUGAAAAGAGAGAAGAGGAUAGAAGAGCUCAAAGGAAAGAUCCAGCAUCAGAACAUGCGGAGUGGACAGAAGAAUAUGCUCUAA